GAUGCCUGUUUUUUUUUAAAAAACGGCACAGUUUCGCAGGUACAAAAUGGACAAGUUUUUGCAAAAAACAAACAAACGAAACAAAAAAACAAACGAAAAAAAAACCGCCACGUCAAAGGCUAACGCCACGGAGGACGGCGAAGUGUUUCAAUAGGCACCAACUUUUCGCCUCAGAAUGACGACGCACUAUCGACCCAGCCUCUCCAGGUACGUGCUCUCAAGGAAAAGAUAGAAUCGGAAAAGGGAAAAGAAGCAUACCCUGUAGUUGGCCAGAAGCUCAUCUAUGCAGGUAAAAUCCUGAAUGAUGACAUACCAUUGAAGGAAUACAAAAUAGAGGAGAAGAACUUUGUGGUGGUCAUGGUAACUAAGCCAAAACCAACUGCACCUCCACAGCCGGCAGCAGCUCCUCCUGUAGUUGCCGUUCCCGUCCCUGACGUCUCCCCUCAGCCUGUCUCCACACCUGCUCCCCCUGCAUCUGAGCCUGUAGUCCCCGAACCUUCCCCUGCAUGUGCGCCUGACCUCGCCCCCGCCCCGCUCCCCACACCUGCACCAACACCCACAUCCGUGCCCGCAACCACCCCUCUCCCUGUACAACCUGCACCAACAGCGGAGCCUCCUGCUCCGCCGGCCACAGCGCCCCCUGCUGCCCCGGAUGCUACGGUAGACCGAGACUCGACCGAGACAGUGAGUGCAAACCCAGAGCCCGCACUAGUGGAGCAGCCGCAGACAGCAAAUCCUGAGCAGUCUUCCAUUCCGGCUGAGGCCCAGCCAGCUGCCAGCAUUAUCGAUGAAUUGGGUCUUCUAGAGGAAGCAGCAUCGAUUCUUGUCACGGGGCAGGCGUAUGAGAAUUUGGUGGCAGAGAUCAUGUCCAUGGGCUACGAGAGGGAGCAGGUCAUCGCUGCUUUGAGAGCCAGCUACAACAACCCUGACCGGGCAGUGGAAUACCUCCUCAUGGGGAUUCCUACUGAACUGGAGCAGCCUCCACAAGAAGUAGUGCGACCCACCCCGGCAACGGAAAGACCUCAGCCCCCUCCAGCAGCCACUGGUGCGAUGUCUGCGCUCCCCCAGGACCCACCUGCGUCAGGUAACCCUCUGGAGUUCCUGAGGAACCAGCCGCAGUUCCAACAAAUGCGUCAGAUCAUCCAACAGAACCCUGCCCUCCUACCCGCCUUACUGCAGCAGCUGGGCCGAGACAACCCUCAGCUACUGCAGCAAAUAACGCAGCACCAGGAGAGAUUUGUGCAGAUGCUUAACGAACCACCGGCUGGAGAGGCAGAGGUGGCAGAGACACAGGGCGCUCCUCAGACGAGCUACAUCCAGGUCACCCAGCAGGAAAAAGAGGCUAUCGAGAGGUUAAAAGCCUUGGGGUUUCCAGAGGGACUAGUCAUCCAGGCUUAUUUCGCCUGUGAAAAAAACGAGAACCUAGCUGCCAAUUUCCUGCUCCAGCAGACCUUUGACGACGAGUGAACGUGGAACCCAGACUGGGAUCUCUAGGGGGCGACAGAGAUAAUGGAAGCACUAGUUUGUGUGUAGCAUGCGUGCGUUUUGCGGAGAGUUUGGGAGAAGUUUUUAAAUGAGACUGCGACUGUGGUACCCUGUUAGUCAUGAAGAGAAAAGCCAUGUGUGACUUACACUAAUAUGAGAGGCCUGAUCCGUCCCCAUCUGUAUUAGAUGAGUUCACUCCUGGACAUUAGGCUGUGGGUCUGUUUCUGCUGCUGUUACUGAGUGUGCUGUGUGUGGGUUUGCAGGUUUUUAUCUCUGCUCUUUAAUUUAUUGCGAUUAAAUUCUGCCAAGAGACCCCCCCAGUAUCAUCUCGAGUCCCUUGCAUAAGGCUGGUCUGUGCCUCAUCUUCAUGCUGCUCUUAAAUGAAAGAAUCUUCAGUUUGUUUUAUAAUAGUCACAAAUUGCUGUUUUUGCCUGACUCUGUAGUACGUAAUAUUUGGGAAUAUUAUUCUCAAGAGUACCAUCAUCUCUUGACAAAGGUUUGACAGUGUUUGGUGUCCUAUUUGGGGAUUUCAAUAAAUGAAAACUCAAAACGUUCUGAUAUUCUCCGUCUAAUGGAGCCAUGGAUAAAAUAUUUACAUUUAACAUUAAUUUACCUAUAAGUCAAAAAAAAAAAAAAAAUCAUCAUAUGUAUCAUCGUAUCUUGAUAAUUCAAAAUAAGUCGUUUACAUUAUAACACCAAAUUCGUAAAUUCAACGAAUACUCUAGUAUUUUGAGAAAAUGCAUUUUUGUUUCCAAAGAUUGGAGAAUACUUGGGGAAGAGGCUGUGAAAAUAAAUUGAGUUGUGACAAACUUUGGUUUUCUUCACUAUUAUAAUGGAACUCCUUUAUUUUCCAUUUGUAAAUCACAAAAGCAAACCAAUAAUUGCCACAAGUCUAACUCCUUUUCCACACUUGCUUUCAGUUCCUUGUAUCGCAAACGUAGAUAUUCAAAUUACAUAUACAAAUUAUGCAUUAUAAAGUUAAUGAUGUGUACUUUUUGGUGCUGUAUGGACUAUCACUAGAGCCACUGUUGUAUGUACUCUGAUAUUACAACUAGUGCCAAAUGCAUCUGAUUGUAUAGCUUUAAAACAAGAAUGGCUAAUGAAUAAACAAAAAUACUUUAUAAUCACCAUGCUCAAACAUCAAUAUAUGAAACAAAAUUAUAUAUUUUUUAUUUGUGUCUUGCAUUAUCUCUUAGAAGAAUGUGUGGGCUUUUGUUUGUUUUGAAUUUACAAUGCUUGAAUUUGGCUCAGAUUUUUCUGUACAAUAUGUAAAAGCUCAUUUGCUUUUUGUAAAAAAUGUGUAAUUUACAUUGGAGGAUUGUUUCCUGUUGAAUGAGUUGGAAAAGAUACUAUUUUAACUCUUCUCAUGGUUUCUGAAUUUGAAUUCAGGUUUGCUGUAUUCUGAGGGAGUUGAUUUUUAAAAUGGGUCUUAAAUGUAUCAACAAGUCAAGGCUGAUAAACUGGCUGUAACAGAUUUACUGUCUCAGCAGGAAAUAAACAGCUUUUACAAAGCUUUCAAUUA